CCUUGCGCGAGAUUUGUGUUGCUUGGUCUCAGUUCCUUGACUCGGUGAGUCAGUGAGAGUGCAGCAAUCCAAACUAUUAAACAUGGCCGAGAGCGACUGGGAUACCGUGACCGUGCUGAGAAAGAAAGGACCUACCGCCGCGCAGUCUAAGUCAAAGCAGGCAAUUCUAACUGCACAGAGAAAGGGUGAAGAUGUAGAAACGUCCAAAAAAUGGUCAGCUGGACAGAACAAGCAACACACAAUCACAAAGAAUACAGCCAAGCUUGAUCGAGAAACAGAGGAGCUUCACCAUGAGAGGGUACCAUUGGAAGUGGGGAAAGUCAUCCAGCAGGGCAGACAAUCCAAAGGCCUAACUCAGAAGGACCUGGCCACUAGAAUUAAUGAGAAGCCCCAAGUUAUUGCAGAUUAUGAAAGUGGCAAAGCUAUUCCCAGCAACCAGGUUAUGGGCAAAAUUGAAAGAGCCAUUGGCCUGAAGUUGAGAGGACGGGAUAUUGGAAAACCCCUCGAAGCGCUUCCGAAAAAGAAUUGAAAACAAAGCCUCGAAAUCAGUGGUCCCCGACUGAUCUCACCUGGACGAUUUGCUUGCAGAUCAAACAGGAUCUUUCUGCGUUGCCAAGCUAAACACAAAGGGGUUAUGGACUGUUCUGACAGGGAUUAAUUAGAACACAGAUCUUGCUGUAAAGAGACUUCUUUUUUUUUUGUGGUGAAAAAGUCACGGCUAACUUGACACCCAACCGAACAGCAGGAUUACCAGAGAAAUUAUUUAUGAGCAGUCUUGUUUUGUUUUUAUGUAUAUUUUUUUUUUGUGCCCACAUGCAAGCCGGUGCUGCUUUUUAUUUCAGCUAAUAGAAGGGUGUGGAAUAGAUUUGGGGCUCAAAGCUUUUUUUUUUUUUGUUCCUUCUAUUUGUAUAAUUCUCAAAAUCCCUUCUGAAAGAAAAUUGUAAAAUAAAGUUUGUUAUCCUUCUUCA